AUGAGCGUGGUCACGCCAGGCCCCACGCACGUGCUGCACCGCGGCGGCGCGGCCAGCUCGGCGGCGGCGGGGCGCGCCCGCGCCGGCUGGGGCGGGGCGCCCGCCUCGCUGCGGCUGGGCCCGCCCGCCGGCGCCGAGGGCGCGCAGGUGUCCUUAGAACCGCUCACGCAGUUAGAAUGCACCGUGAACGCGCUGCCUCCAGCCAUCGUAGCGAGGAUUUCCGCCAAGGUGCGGGGACGUGGAGACUCGCUCGUCGAGGCGGCGCUCCUGCAGCAGCUCCAGGCCCGCCGGGCGCACCGCGCGCGCGCCGCGCGCCCCGCCGAGCCGGAGCAGCCGCGGCCCGGCGCCCCGGCGCCGCCCGACGGUGCAGCGCGCGGCGGCACGGAGGCCGCCGCUGUGCAGGCGCAGCCCGCGCACGGGGCGCCCGCGGAGGCAGGCACCUCGGCGGGCGCCGGUGCGCCCGAGGCGCCCGUCGGCGCGUGCGGCGUGGCCGCCGCGGCGGUCGCCGCGGCGCGGGCGCGGCUCGCGCCCGAGGCGUCCGCGGAGUGGUGCCGGGCCUGCGAGGUGCUGCGCGCCUGCGAGGGGGACAUCUGGCCCGAGGCGGCCGCCGUGGGGCAGGCGUUCAACUCCAUGCACGUGGGCGAGCAGGCCGCCACCUCCGUCUUCGCCCUCGGCCACCUCAUCGCCUGCGGCGAGGGGCGCCGGGGGCUCAAGUGGCGGUGGCGCGGCGUAGCGGAGCACCCGCACUUCGAGGGGCGCGCCGGGGCCAGCGAGUGGCCCGAGGCGGAGAACGCCCUCUUCUGCCACAGCUCGGACUGCUGGUUCCCCACGGAGGACGGCUCCGGGCGCGUGCUCUCUGGGCCCUCCUGGCGCGUGGAGGCCCUGUGGACGUGGGUGUGGCAGGAGAACGCCGCUGGGCUGCAGCACCUGGUGGUGGCGUCCUCGCCGGCGAGGGGCGCUGCCGCUUGCGCCUCCGGCGUGGAGCAUGCCGCGCUAGCGACCCUGGUCGCCGCGGUCGGGGUGCUCCGCGUCGGGGGCGUGCUGCUCCAGACCGUGGCCCCCGACAGCCCCGAGCUCGAGGUGCUCGCCGCGCUGUGCGCCGUGCUCUUCGAGCGCUGCGAGGUCGUGGCGCCGAGGCUGGGCGGCCCGGAGGUGUGCCUCGUCGGCGCCCGCUUCCGCGGCACCGCGCCCGCCCUGCUGCAGGCGCUCGUGGUGUCCGUGCGCAGGGCGCUCUCGGGGAGGCAGGCAGACGUCCUGUCGCCGGAGUGGGUGCGUGAGCUGCGGCUGCCGAACGUGGCACGCUGGGCGCUGCAGCAGCGGGACGGGCUGCAGAGCUCUCUGGUGCCGCUGGGGCCUCAGGCCACCCCGAGCCCGACCCCGCCCGAGGCGGAGGCGUACCUCUCCUACCUCGGGCUGCGGCGCAUCCCGGAGCAGCGCCACCUGCUCUGGAGCUGCUGGCCGGACUUCCUGCGGAGGGAGGCCGGCCGCGGCUCCGGCGGCCGGGGUCCGUCGCCAGAGAGGCCGCGGGGGCUGCAGCGGCACGCCCAGCUCGCCUCCUGGGGGGAGCCGGGGCUGCAGGAGCAGCGGAGGAGCCGGUGGCGGGAGGCGGAGGCGCACGCAGCCUCUCCGGGGCCAGCCGCCAAGAGGAGGCGGCUCGAGCCGGCGGCGGGCCCGCGGGCGCGCGACGAGGCGGCCGGCUCCUGCACCGGCGGCAGCGCCCGCAGAGACGGCCGCGGCCCGGCCCCGGGCGACGGCGCGGCAGCGCCGUGGUUCCACCUGGACGCCGAGGUGUUGUCGCACCGCGCGCUGCUGAGGUCACUCAAGCCUGGCGACGCGGCGGUGCAGGUCGCACAGAGCAACUGGUGGCGGAGUUCUCUGGCUCUCGAACCCUGGGCCUUCUGGAGCUCACCGUUCGCGUCGCCGCAGAAGCUCAGGGCGCUCAUCGUGGCGCGAUCUCGCGCUCCGUCUUGGCCUCCCGAGCGCCACCCGAUGGACAUGAUGCCUGCGCUGGAGGACGACGAGCUGCCGCCCGCGGUGGUCGUUGCUCUCGUGGACGUGAUGUCGAGAUGCCUGCCGGAGCGCCUCGCUGGACGGGCACAUGCACAGCCCGGGCCUCAUCCCGCAGCCCUCGAGUACAGGCGGGGGCUGCACGUCGUGGCCGUGGAGCCAGAAGCCGCCCGCGGGCUGCAGGCCCAUUCGUGGCUCACGCGCAGGAUGGGCGUGCGCACGACGCAGGCGUGCGCCUGGGGCUCGCGGACGCCUGCGCAGUCCGCCGAGGAGCUCGUGCAGGGCUGCCUGAGGCAGGCGGGCCUGGAAGACCCCGUGCGGGACGGCCCCGGCCCCGUCGACCUGGUGGUCGUGGAGGCGCCGCCGCCCGAGGGCGAGGCGGGGCGCGAGGUGGCGUGGGCGGAGCUGGACGCGGACGCCAAGCUCCUCGUGGUCGCCUCCGUGCUCGUGGGUCUGCGGGCGCUCGCCGCGGGAGGCGACCUCCUGGUGCAGCUGCCGAGCCUGUACACGCGCUUCCUCGCGGGGCUCGUGGUCCUCCUGGCGUCCGGCUUCGACCGCGUCACCGUGGUCCGGCCCGGGUCCAUGCCGGCCUGGUGGGGGCAGCGCUGGCUCGUCUGCAACAGGUUCGCUGCGUCUGACCAGAGCAAGCCCCGCGCAGCAGGUCUGCAGAAGCUGCUCGCGACGCUCUGGGAUCGGCUGAGGGCGCUGCCGGCUGGCGAGACGUUCAUGCAGGUGGUGCCCGCGUCGCUGUUGUGCACGGGUUCGGGCAGGGCGCUGGGCUUCUUUUGCCAAGCGAAUGAUGAAGUAAUCGAUGCUGAGCUGGAGUUCUGGUCAAGCAGUUCUGCCUCAUCCGAGCCGGUCAGCGAGUGUCCUGAAAGAAGCAGGCAGCAUGUGCUGUUCCAUCUAGCACGGUCUGGUCUGAAGCCCUGGCUGUUUUUCUUCUCCGAGGAUGGGCGGCGUUCGGAGCGCGCCAGGGUAGGCCUGUAUUUCGGCACCUUCGACCCCCUGCACGAGAACCACUUCCGCAUGGUCCUCUGCGCGCUGAGCGCGUGCGGUCUCUCACGGGUUGUGCUGGUGCCGAACCAGAGCGGGAACCCGUACAAGCCACAGGCGUCCUCGUUGCAGGGCCGCAUUGAUUGCAUCCGCGCUCGCAUCCUGGAGGCCGAGGCCACAGAGCAGGUGCGACCGGGCCAGAUCUCGGCUCGGCUGGUCGAGGGCGCGAACAACUGGCCGCAGCGGGAGGGCGUCGCGAGGGCCCUGGAGCGGGAGGAGCUCGCAGAGACCACCACCGCCGUCGAGGUGCUCCUGCUGCUGGGCGAGGACUCCCUCGACAAGGCGCUGCGGGAGGGCGCAGGGAAGCACAAGAACACAGGGAUCUUCCAGCUCAAGCUGCAGCCCCGCCGCCUGCUCGUGUUCCCGCGCGGCGGCGGCGGCCCCGCGAUCCGGGAGCGCCUCCCAGACUUCCUGCGGUCCUUGGCCGAGGUGGCGCCGUACCAGGACCUGGUGCCGGGGCUGAGCUCUGGGUCGCUCCGAGACAGGCUACGGCCCGGCGGCGCGGAGCCUCCGGCGGACUGGCUGCACCCUGCGGCGCGGAGCUCGGUGUGGAGGCUCUGGCGCGGCCGCCUGCCGGGCGGCCCAGGGCUGCCCACGGCCGCGGCGCCGUGCGGUCCGCCGCGGUCCCUGGGCGGCUGCCUUGCGGCCGCGGCGCCGCCGGUGCACGGCGGGGGCGUGGCUGGGGCGGACCCGAGGCUGCACUACGCCAGCCAGCGGGGCCAGUCGGCGGACGAGCGGCUCCGCUCGCUGUCGGUGCGGCUGCGGAACUUCAAUUCCUUCGCGAAGGCGGUGCUGCUGGAGCGGCACCUCGGGGAGGUCCGCGAUCGGCUGCCCAGCGGUGAGGGGCGCCUGGCGGUCCUGGACCUCGGUUGCGGCCGGGGCGGUGACCUCAAGAAGAUGGUGAACUGUGGCGUCGCCAGCUACUGCGGUGCCGACGUCUCCGAGGCCUCCCUGCACGAGGCCGUGCGGCGCGUGGGCGGCCUGCUUCGCGACAGCGGCCGGUUCAGGCACGGGCUGCUGGGCGGAGGCGGGGCCCUGCCGCUGCGGGAGGUGUCGCUGCUGCGCGCCGACUGCUGGAGGGAGGACGUGGCGCUGCUGCUGGACGCCGCCGGGCACGGCACCGCGCGCCUGCAGGGCGAGGGGAGGGCGUGGUUCCACCUCGUGUCCUCGCAGAUGGCGUGCCACUACGCCUUCGAGUCUAGGGAUCAGGGGGGGGAGAGUCUACUUCGCCGAGCGCGGUCCACUGUUUGCAGAGCUGCCUACUCGCAAAACGCGAGAAAAUGCACAUGUUCCCCUUGA